GGAGGACCUGAAGUGCUAGAAGCGCGUGAAGGUGCAGACCAAACGUCAGCAGUGGCGGAUUCCGACAGAGCAGCUUGUUAGGACAUGCAGCAGCGACUCGCAGAGCAACGUGUCGUUGAGCCAGCUUCUCUCAACGUGCUUGCUCAAGCUUCCCCCUGGUUGUCGGCGGUCUGCACGACCCGAGGCCCUCUGACCUCCAACUCUCUCCUGAACGAAAGCCAUGGGAAGUGCUCCCAGCAAGGCCGCAGUACCCGCCGUGGGGCCCGCCGACGUGUUCGCCCAGGACGUUGGUCGCCUCGUCCAGCAUAAGGCCCGUGCCCAGCAACGCGUGCCCAGCAAGCCGGUGAACCACGGUGGCGGACUUCGUGCUCGCGGACAAAGUUCGCGAGUCAACAAGGACGACGAUUCCGGCCUUGCAGACGAUGCUGGAGGACCCCGAGCUCCGCGGUUGGAUCGUCACGAGAGAGCUGAACUUCGACGACGCGAUCCGCGGGCGGUACCGCAAGGAGUACGUGAGCGUAAGCCAUCGCUGGAUGACCGAAGGUGCCCGUCCCGUCGCGCCCCGCCAGACCCCAAGGGAGUGCAGUUCGCCGCCAUCAAGCAGUAUCUGACGAAGCGCGACGAGGUCAAGUACUUGUGGCUUGACUGGCCGUGCAUGUGGCAGGCGAACAAGGAGGGCCAGCGUGAAAUCACUGUCGACGAGAAGGCCGAGUUCGACCUCAUGCUCAGCGAGGUCAACAUGCUGUACCUCGGUUGCAGGGUCGUCAUCUUGCUGGACAUGACUUACUUGUCCAGGUUUUGGACACUGUACGAAGCGUGGCUCUCCCAAAUGAAGCCAACUUCGACAGGGCUCAAGCCAGCACUCAUCUCUGACGCUUCACGCUGCGACGUGGUUCCCAUCAUGGGAGCGAACGAUGCGUUCAGGUCAGCGCUCCUGAGCACCAUUGCGAAUCAGAUGUCUUCGGCGUCCCUUGCUGCCAAGUACCUCCGUAACGACGACAUUUUGGUAACGAACGCCUCGGACAAGGAGAAGCAGCUCGAUCGGGUGAGCGGGCUCGACUACCGUGUCAUCCAGGUCGAGAUUGAUGCUCAGGCAGAGGCAGGGAGCACAGUUCAGAUGCAAAGAGUCCUCGCGGCCGGCUACGGGCACAGCCUGGGCCUGCUGAAGGACGGCACGGUCACCGCCUGCGGCUGGGACGAACCAUAACCAGAGGUCCGGCGUGGCCCAGUGGAGGGACGUCGUGCAGAUCGCGGCCGGCGGAUGGCACAGCCUGGGCCUGCUGAAGGACGGCACGGUCACCGCCUGCGGCUGAUGACUCUGACGGCCAGAGGUCCGGCGUGGCCCAGUGGAGGGACGUCGUGCAGAUCGCGGCCGGCGGAUGGCACAGCCUGGGCCUGCUGAAGGACGGCACGGUCACCGCCUGCGGCAGGGACGCCAACGGCGAUGACUCUGACGGCCAGAGGUCCGGCGUGGCCCAGUGGAGGGACGUCGUGCAGAUCGCGGCCGGCACGAGCACAGCCUGGGCCUGCUGAAGGACGGCACGGUCACCGCCUGCGGCAGGGACCACAACGGCCAGAGGUCCGGCGUGGCCCAGUGGAGGGACGUCGUGCAGAUCGCGGCCGGCUUUUGGCACAGCCUGGGCCUGCUGAAGGACGGCACGGUCACCGCCUGCGGCUAUGACUCUGAAGGCCAGACGUCCGGCGUGGCCCAGUGGAGGGACGUCGUGCAGAUCGCGGCCGGCGGACUGCACAGCCUGGGCCUGCUGAAGGACGGCACGGUCACCGCCUGCGGCGAUGACUCUGAAGGCCAGACGUCCGGCGUGGCCCAGUGGAGGGACGUCGCGCAGAUCGCGGCCGGCUACAAGCACAGCCUGGGCCUGCUGAAGGACGGCACGUUCACCGCCUGCGGCUGCAACGGUCGUGGCCAGGCGCCUGGCAAAUGAGGGUUGUGAAGUAACUUUGGGCAGGCGCAACCUCGGGCAGGCUUAGCCAUGUUUUCGUCGACGCCGACACCUGUUACACGACGGCCAGGUAGGAGGCGCGACAAGGAACGAUUAGGAGCUCUGGGCGCAGGCGGCUCGGCACUCGCUGGCACGGAAGCCGGCGUGCCUUUGUCCCCGCCCGGCCGGUGCUGGAACAGACCUUUGCUUGGCCUCUGUUCCAGCACAACCGACAGAAAAGCGAAGAAGUUGGCCUCAGCACAACCCCUCAGCACAACCCUCCGGCACAAACCCU